CUUGUGUAGAGGGUUGCAUGUAAUUCUUGUGUCUGGAAAGCUCUGUAUAUAUUCCCUCGGGAUGGAUCGCCCUUCUCAUCCGUAGAUCUUCCUUAAUAUCUCCCUCCCUCUCCCUCCCUUUCUUAAUUAGCAUUACUUGUUGAAAUAUACUUCAAAUCAAACAUGAAAUUUUUGGAGAUGAUAGUUCCGAUGGUUUUAGCUAUUUCUCUUUCCUACAUUGUGGGAAAGUAUGACUACUUUCCAACAAUGAGCCGCAGUGUUUCUGCUACACCGUAUGACUACUUUGUGUUUGUUCAGGAGUCUCCUUCUGUAUUUUGCUUAAAUAAUACAGAUUGCAAACCUCCGCCACCAAUAUUUACCAUCCAUGGCUUGUGGCCAAGCAACAAGUCCGGUUAUAUCGGAAAUUGCAGUGGUGACAACUUUAAUAUAUCUGUGAUGACAUCUGACUUGGUAGCUCGUCUGAAUGACUCAUGGCCAAGCCUCAAAAGGUCAAAGGAAAAUUUGGACUUCUGGAAAUAUGAAUACAACAAACACGGCAAGUGCUCCAACGACCUGUUUUCGCAGACAAAAUACUUCGAACAUGCCUGGCAUUUGUGGAACAAAUACAAAGCUCAUGAUCUAUUUUCUAAUCACUCGAUUUUACCAGACUCCCCACAUAAUUAUUCUACACUUGAAAAAGCCAUCAGAUCAUUUAUAAACGGGUGCAAACCUCUUCUAAGGUGCAAGAGAAACGCAACAAACCAAUAUUUGCUGGAAGUCAGAAUUUGCUUUGAUAAAAAAGCAAACAAACCAGAAAAUUGUAAGGGCAAUACAGAUUGUAAGCAAACAUUAGACGUAUGGUAUAUGCUACAGCCUAUAGAUACAAGGGUGAAUUAAGCUAUACUGAUAUAAAUCGAAAAAGGAUGAAAUAUAUAAUUUAUGAAUAAAUGUGUAGCUACGGGACAAGAUGAAUUAAUCGGGAUAAUGAUUGUAAUGUCUAA